AUAAUGACCUAAUAAAACGUGUAAUCACUUCUCACUAUAAACAGACUAUUAACUAUUAACUUAUUUAAUUCAUAAUUUGCUGCUUAUCAACUGUUAGUUAAGUUUAACUAUGUUACGUUUAGGCAUAGGUUUGUAUUAAGGGAUCUAAAAUAUAAUGCAAAACGUCAGAAUAGUUUGCUUUGUAAGUAUUAAUAAAGAGCCAAUAUGCAUGCUAAUGAGCAAAUAGUGAAAGUGAAAAUAGUUCCCUAAGUUCAUGCACUCUCUAGUGUUGUAGUGUGUGGAGUAUAGGAGCCUACUGAAAGCUCAGAUGUUUCUCGUCUACGCUUUCACAGUAUUUACGGGAAAGGCAAGAUUCAGGAAGUAGAGAAACCAUCUCAAGGCUCUUCUGCUUUCAAACUCCAUCCUAAAACAUGCAUUGACCGAUUUAAUGAAAGAAAACAGUAGCUGUGUGUAGAUCACAGGAGUGAUCUCUUCUAAGACGGAGGACAGUCUUCUGGAGAGUGUUUUUUCAGAUCAAAUCUGACAGGGUUUGUAUGUGAGUAAUCGAGGGCCCGUCAUGAGCCGUCCUCCGUCCAUGCAGCCGCAGAUGUGUGGCCCCUGGGAACUGAAGGAGCGGCUGGGAACCGGAGGCUUCGGGAACGUCACUCUCUGGCAAAAUAAGGAGAGCAGUGUUCAGAUCGCUAUCAAACAGUGCCGACAGGAGCUCAGCGACAAGAAUAAAGGCAGAUGGAGUUUAGAGAUUCAGAUCAUGAAGAGGUUGAAUCACAUGAAUGUGGUGGCAGCGAGAGACGUUCCAGAAGAGCUCCAGAAACUGGCCAUAAAUGACCUUCCAUUGCUGGCCAUGGAGUACUGCCAGGGAGGAGACCUACGCAAGUAUCUGAACCUGCAUGAGAACUGCUGUGGCAUGAGAGAAACUGCUGUGCUGACACUGAUUCAAGAUAUAUCCUCAGCACUGACGUACCUCCACGGGAUGAGGAUUAUUCACAGAGACCUCAAACCAGAAAACAUCAUCCUUCAACAGGGAGAAAAACGACUGGUUCAUAAGAUCAUAGACCUGGGUUACGCUAAAGAGCUGGACCAGAGCAGCCUGUGCACAUCGUUUGUUGGGACGCUGCAGUAUUUGGCCCCUGAGCUGUUAGAGCAGCAGAAGUAUACAGUGGCGGUGGAUUACUGGAGUUUUGGGACACUGGUGUUUGAGUGCGUCACAGGAUUCAGGCCUUUUCUACCAAACUGGCAACCCGUGUCAUGGCACAGCAAGCUGCAGCAGAAAAGACUGGAUGAUAUUGUGGUUUAUGAGGAUCUGACGGGAGAAGUUCGAUUCUCCAAACACCUCCCGAACCCUCACAACCUCAACAAACUGUUAGCGAGUGAACUGGAGAGCUGGUUACAAAUGAUGCUGAGAUGGUCACCUAAAGAGCGAGGCAAAUGUUUAAUACAGCGGAGCAAAGACAGUCAGGACGGGGUCAAAGACUCAGAAGAGGACAAUAAAGAAAACAGUUCAGAGGCUGGCAAAGACUCUCCGAAAGCUUCCUGUUUCUGCUUCGAUGAAUUAAGCCGGAUUCUGAAUCUAAAGCUGGUCCACGUGCUCAACAUGACCUCUGCUGAGAUAUUUAGCUACUCGGUGCAGCCGCAUGAGAACGUGGCAUCCCUGCAGGAGCGAAUCACACAGGACACUCACAUUCUUCCGGCCAAUCAGGAGCUGCUGCUGGAGGCGGGGCUUGCGCUUGAGCUGCACAACAGCGUCAUGCAGUGUGCAAUCGAUUAUAGCAUGAUGGACACUCGGCGGGCCGAUGAGCCGCUGGUUUUCCUGUUUGACCGUUCGUGUUACAGCUACGAGCCUCAGUUUACGCCGCGCGUCCUGCCUGAGAACAUCCGAUUCGUCCAGAACGAGCACAAUCGCUUGCUGCCCUACAUCUCUCAGAGACGCACCUGGGGUCAAGCAUGUGUGCUGAGGGAGGACUGGCAGAGACUACAGCAAGGACAGAAAGUGGCCAUCAUGAGUCUCCUCAGACACAAUGGCACACUGUCCAAGCAGAAGAACGAGAUGGUGUCGAUGCACCAGAGGUUAAAAGCCAAGCUGGAGUUCUUCAGCACCAGUUUGCACAUCGACAUCGAAAAAUACCAGGAGCAGAGAGCGACGGGCAUCGCUUCUGAAAAACUAUUGAGUGUCUGGAGAGAAAUGGAGAAAACCGCCCUGGACUGUGGACAGACAGAAGACGUUAAUAAGCUGGAGGAACAGACGAUGACCCUUCAGACUGAUAUUGUAGACCUACAGAGACAGCCGUGGAGGAGCGGAGAGGCUUUAGAGACGCUUGAGGUGAAGGCCAUGGAGCUCUUCCGGAAACUGAGAGAGAAACCCAGAGAGCAGCGCAGGACGGGCGACUGUCAGGAAGUGAUCAAACUGGUGGUCCAGGCCGUGCAGUUCUACGAGAGGAAGUUACGGGACUUCUACACACACCUCAGUAAGACGAUGGUGUGUCGUCAGAGGGUUCUGGAGCUGCUGCCGCAUGUGGAGGGGACGCUGAGUGCGAUGGCUCGCAGCGAGAAACAGCUUCAGCAUCUGCAGGAGAAGAGACAGAAGGAGCUGUGGAACCUGCUCAAAGUGGCCUGUAGUAAGGUUCGUAGUCCAGUGAGCGGCAGUCCAGACGGAGGACGGACUCCACCGGCCCCUGCACACCCGCUGAUGUCCCACAGAGCGUCUGAUGUACCGCAGGCAGACAAGUCUCUGCUUGUGAUUGAGGAGAGCAGGAUGUUUGAGAGCCGCCUGCAGAGUUUAGUGCAGGACACCAUUCAGGAAACAGAGAGCAGCAUGCAGAUACUGAGAGAGUGGAAGUGGUUGAACGGAGGGCAGGAUUUGGCUUGAUGUCACAGGUCACCAAAAAGUCAAACCAGACUUAAUCAGAGUCAAACUGUUACCCUAAAAGCGAACAAACAUGAUGCUCUACUGCCACCAACUGGAAGAAACACGUUACUGCAGGAAAUAAUUUCUUACCUUCAACCCUUAAAUAUGGUUUUUAAUCAUUUACGUUGACAAUUUUCCAGCCUUUAUGAUGUUUUCUAUGCAAAUGCCACAAAUAAUUGUAUAUAAAUAUUGUUGGAUCCAUGAGAAAUAGCUUGUGAUGUUCCUCAUUUGUAAGUAGCUUUGGAUUAAAAUAUAAAUCCAUCCUAGUUAGACCAAGUGUCUGAUCACUCAGGUGCCACUGAUGUGUAAACAUGGACAUUAUAUUCAUUUGCAUCCUUCAUGUUGCUAUGAAGAUUUCAUGACAAAAGGUAUGUGAACCUAUGAAAUAUGUAAAGUGCAUUUUCAGUCGGAAAUUAUUUUUAUAUGCUGAGAAAAAAAUAGCACGUUUUCUUUGGUGCACAGAAAUGUAUUUUUUUUACACUUAAAAAAACUAAUUUAAUAAAAUGUUGUAUCCAA